AAUAGUGAUCUAGGAAAUACUGUGGCGGUUGGCCGGAGUGUCUGUAUUUUUCCCAUUGUGAUGUAUCGCUAUUGAAAAUCAACAGCGUUAGGGUGGCUCAGUCAUGGGUCAGGUGGGGUCAUUUCCCGGUCGUCUAGAUGAUCACAAAUGGGAAUCCAUUCAAAUUAGAGCCUCUAAACUUUUUGAUCCCAUCGUCCAAAUCAAAGCAAGCCAGAAUUCGAAAUCGUGAGCCACUCUACACUCAACUAAGUAGUGAACCAGCGUGAAAAGCGGAAUAUUUAAAUGGCGAUUGUGCCAUUAGUCAGUGCGCCGAGGGCGGAUCACCCAUUAUUAUGCACGGCCGCGCAUAGAAUACAAUGGUAGCUCAGUAACAUAAAACCAUGCAGAAGAAUGGUAGUUUUUCCGCUGGGGAUUCUAUGAUGAGAAAAAUCCGCGGACUGUUCGCGUGUAUGCGUUGCGUAUCUUGGUAUGAUGUGUCGCGCACCAGGCCAGGCCACUUGGAUCGGUCGGUUUUUGCAGUGCCGAAUUGAUGAUGCUGUUGUCGUUGGUCGUCGAGGUUGAAGAGAGCGUGAAAAAAAACCUAGUGAUCAUCGCGACUAGAUUAGUAUGUGGGUGGCAUUCAGGUGAUGAAAAAGGCACUUUUUUCGCUCGAUGUUCUGGUGAACGAGGAAAAACAGAACGGUUCAGUGCUUAUGCGGCAUUGCAAUCGAUAGAAAGUGAAUUUGGUGCAGAAGUGAGUUUAUGGGUUGUGGAAUCUAGUUGUUAGAGUGUUAUGAAUUAGUUCAGAAUGCCGAUCCAGUUUAUUGAUAGUUCAUUGUGAUUAUGAUUUGUCGAUGCUAUGAAACAAAUAAAUUUUUGCAGUACUUUGUCAACAUAGAAUAAAGUGUGAAAUUGAAUGCAGAUCGAUUGAGGACAAUGAGUAGAACAGCAAUGAAGGACCAGAAACGGCCCAUCUACGAGGAUAUAAAAAUCGACACAGCGUUCCGCAAAAUCAGCCCCAAAGCCAUCGGUUUCUACGUGUGGCGGAUACAGAACGAUCACGUGGAAGCCAUCCCCAAGGAGCAGUAUGGCACAUUCUACGACGAGAACACAUACGUGAUCUAUUCGGCCUCGCUGGCGGGAACAAUCUCCGACAAGAAUACGAUUUGUCGGGAAAUCAAAACUCCCGGAGCAGUUAUUGAACGGUACAUUCAUUUCUGGCUCGGAGCCAACAUCACAUCGGAUCGCUCCAAAUCGGCUGCGUAUAAGAUUAUCGAGUUGGAUCUUCAUCUGGAUCAUAAAACCACCCAAUACCGGGAAAGUCAAGGCCAUGAGGGAAUUCGGUUUCUAUCAUACUUCAAAGACGAUGGAAUUCUAAUUCAAUCCGGAACGGAUCCGUCAUCCUAUCCGCAAUUUCCACGACUGUAUCAAAUAAAAGGGAAAACCACUCCACAAUGCAUUCAGCAGAAAGCGAUCACGUGGCAACACUUCAACUGUGGCCACGUAAUGAUUCUACAAACAUCUACCAUAGUGUUCGUUUGGGUGGGUCGAUCAACAAGCUCCUGUGAAAGGAUAUUUGGAUUGAAGAUCGGUACCAAGCUGAAGGACAGCUUCAAAAUUCCAGAAAUAGCGAUCAUUGACGAUGGCUAUGAACAGUCGAUGAGCUCACAGAGAAAGGAAGUGUGGAACGGUUUCUUAAGCUUGUCGCAACGCUUCGUUCAGCCUUUGGCGUUGACUCCUUCCAAUGCCGAUAUCGUUUUGAAACUGUAUCAGUGCGACACGGUCAAUGGCGUGUUCAGGGUGGAGCUAGUCAAAACAGGUGCUCUGGACCAAGCCGACUUGUAUGGACGGGACAGCAUCUAUAUCGUUGACUAUUUCUGCAACGGAGUCUGGAUUUGGAUUGGACGGAGCUCACACAAGCAAAACCGUGCCGAAGCAAUGCGUCAUGUGCGGGGUUAUGUCAUUAAGAAAGGAUACCCAGCAUCCACUCCGGUAGCACGGGUCAUCGAUGGAUUGGAACCGGCCGAGUUUACGAGUCUCUUCCCGAACUGGAUCAGUUCAGAUGUGAAUGGUAACUCGAUCAAGGGUCUCUCUGAGAAGUUCGAUGCUUUGACACUGAUUCAGCGACCGAAGCUGGCUGCGCAGAUACAGUUGAUGGAUGACGGAAACGGCGAUGCAACUGUGUACCAAAUAGGUGUUGAGGAUGUUAAAGAAAUUCCCAAAAAGUACGCCAAGACUUUCUAUUCGAGUAACUGCUACAUUGUACACUAUCAGAUAUCCUGCACAUCGGAGAACAACAUAAGUUCUUUGGCAAAUUUGAUCAAAAAUGUCGUUUAUCUGUGGAUUGGAUCGAGUGCUUCGACGGAAUUCAGGCAAACGGGUGAAGCCUUCCUGACGGAGAUGUGCAACCAUUUGAAGAAAAAUGUGGUACAAGUUCGAAUCAGUGAGGGGAUGGAGCCACCGCAUUUUCUACAGAUCUUCAAAGGAGGUCUCAUAAUUUUCAAUUCAAAGUGCCCGGGUGGGGAAGGGAUCAUGAAUAUUCGCAAGUACCCGAGCAGUUUUGUACUGAAGGUGGUUGGGAACUCCAGCUACACUUGUAAGGCAGUUCAGGUUUCCAGUAAAACUCUGUACUAUCCCGAGGACUGCUACAUACUUAAAGCACCAGAUAAUGAAAUAUGGAUAUGGUGCGGACAGUACUCAACUGGAGAUUCUCGAGAAAUGGCCAAGUCAAUAGCAUCCAUACUUGGAGAAUACAAUCUAGUGAUGGAAUCUAAUGAAACAGAUGAAUUCUUCAAUUCGGUGGGGGAAAAGUUUUUGAAGCAAUUGAAGAAAACUCAUGGAAACAUUGUAACUCCAACGAUGAAUGUCGCUUUGACCUGGGAAAGGCAAAGAAUCGGACUGUACAUGUGUUCUUUGGAGCAGGAAAAAUAUGUUCUGUGUAAGAUAUUCGGUUUCACACAAAAAGACUUGAGACCGGAAAAUAUUUUCUUGCUGGAUGCUGGAAACAUUGUGUACGUGUGGAUCGGAGACUUUGUUAGCAACGAUGAUCGAACGCAGUGUUGGGAUGUUGCCAAAUAUCUUAUAACUACACAUCCCGUCCAGAGAGACGCCAACAUGCCAAUAGCGAUCAUUCGACAGGGAGAGGAACCCAUCACAUUUAUUGGAUUCUUUGAUAACUGGGACAAAAAGUAUUAUGAGAACUAUGUUCCAUUUGAUAAAAUUCGAGCACAGCUAGAGACACCAGGAGUUCCGGUGCCAGUCCCGCGAGGAUCCGUUCACAGUGACAGUGCCAGUGGGGAUGAUUUCGAUCGUUACCAAAAAUAUCCCCUCGAUAUGCUUCGGGGUGAUACUGCCAACCUGCCAGCGAGCAUCAACCCGACUCGGAAAGAGAUUCACCUUACCCAUGAUGACUUUGUGACCGUGUUCAAAAUGACUUAUCACGACUUUGAAGAACUGCCCAAGUGGAAGCAGGUCGAGUUAAAGAAACAGAAUAAAUUAUUUUAGAGAGCUGCACAGAUUAUAUUUUCGAUUAUGAAUGUUAAAUUUUAUUAUAAAAUAAAUGUACACCAUCGUUUUAAA